AGUUGCUGGACUUGGAAUCUGACGUGCAAUGCAAAGGCGAUUCCUCGUCGAUGGCCAGAAGGUCAAGGUCUGGAAAAGAAGACAAAAUCGACGAUUGUAGCCCCGGCAUCCGGCAUGCAUGCGGUCCAGCCUGUCGUCCUGUUUGCCCCGCCAGCACCUCACCACACUUCUGGAGCCAAAUUCGGUCGGCGGAGGCUGCCGUUCCAUGACCUUGUUGUAUCCUCGAUCACAAGCGCGCCGAUAGUAACCUUUCCUAUCCAUUUUCCCCCUCACCCGGGCGAAUGCAUGUAUCGUGGGGCAAUUAGCUUGCAUUGGCAGAUUCGCCGGGGUCAGCUUCUGGCCUUGCAUGCUCUGCUGAAGGGAUUGUCGGCCGAGGCUGGCUAUGACGACCAUGGCCGAAUUUAUACCGCGUCACAGCUCCUCUUUGCCGAACUGAUCGCAUAUAUUCCUUUCUCCGCCGCUGCUUCCAACGUCUUCCUAAGCCUACACUGCAGCAGCAUUUGAACCCCACAAAGCGGACAGAAUGGCAAAGACAAACUACACCCCAGACCCUGCUACCGUCGUCAAGGAUGUCAACAUCCUCGGUCAGGUGAGCGAGGAGCACAAGAAGAUCCUUAAUAAGGACGCCGUCGUUUUCCUCGCUGUGCUGCACAGAGCGUUCAAUGCGAGGCGGAAGGAGUUGCUCCAGCGACGUGUGCUCCGCCAGCAGGAGCUUGACAAGGGCAACCUACCGGACUUCCUUCCAGAGACCAAACACAUCCGCGACAACGACGCAUGGAAGGGUGCGCCGCCCGCCCCUGGCCUUGUCGACCGCCGUGUCGAGAUCACCGGUCCGACAGAUAGGAAGAUGGUUGUCAAUGCCUUGAAUGCUGAUGUCUGGACGUACAUGGCCGACUUCGAGGACUCGAGCGCGCCAACAUGGGAGAACAUGAUCAACGGUCAAGUGAAUCUUUACGAUGCCAUUCGCAGACAAAUCGACUUUAAGCAGGGUGAGAAAUGGUACAGACUACGGACCGACAGAACACUCCCUACGCUGAUUGCGCGUGCUCGUGGCUGGCACCUGGAGGAGAAGCACUUUACCGUCGACGGAGAGCCGAUCUCAGGCUCGCUGUUUGAUUUUGGCCUGUACUUCUUCAACAACGCUGAAGAGCUCGUCAAGAGAGGCACGGGUCCGUACUUUUAUCUGCCCAAGAUGGAAUCCCAUCUCGAGGCCAGAUUGUGGAACGACGUGUUCAACCUUGCGCAGGACUACAUCGGCAUGAAGAGAGGCACAAUCCGUGCUACUGUCCUGAUUGAGACCAUCAUGGCUGCAUUUGAAAUGGACGAGAUUAUCUAUGAACUUCGCGACCACAGCGCCGGUCUUAACUGCGGUCGCUGGGACUACAUCUUUAGCGUUAUCAAACGUUUCCGACAGAACCCUAACUUUGUACUACCAGACCGGUCUGCCGUCACCAUGACCGUUCCAUUCAUGGACGCAUACGUCAAGCUGCUCAUCAAGACUUGCCACAGGCGCCAGGUUCAUGCAAUGGGCGGCAUGGCCGCUCAGAUCCCCAUCAAAGACAACAAGGAAGCCAAUGAUGCUGCCAUGGCCAACGUUCGUGCAGACAAGCUUCGGGAGGUUCGUGCCGGCCAUGAUGGCACCUGGGUUGCUCACCCCGCUCUGGCUUCCAUAGCUUCGGAAGUGUUCAACAAGUAUAUGCCAACCCCUAACCAGAUGCAUAUUCGCCGCGAGGACGUUCACGUCACUCGCAACGACCUGCUAAACAUGAACGUGCCUGGCAAGAUCACGGAAGACGGUAUCCGUAAGAACUUGAACAUCGGUCUCGGCUAUAUGGAGGGCUGGCUUCGCGGCGUUGGCUGCAUUCCCAUCAACUACUUGAUGGAGGAUGCUGCCACAGCCGAGGUCUCGCGGUCACAGUUGUGGCAGUGGUGCAGGCACGGCGUUAGCACCAGCGAGGGUAAGAAAGUGACGAAGGAAUAUGCGCUCAAGCUGCUGCAUGAGCAGGCAGCAGAACUCGCGUCCAAGGCACCAAAGGGCAAUAAGUAUGCGCUUGCAGCCAAGUACUUCGAAGGACAGGUCACUGGCGAGGAUUAUGCUGAAUUCUUGACGUCGCUGUUGUAUAACGAAAUCACCAAUGUGAGCACGAGCCAGCCGGCAUCCAAGCUGUAGUCGGCUGUUUUCCUUUGCAGUCAUGUGUACAUUUUCUUUUCAGGUCUGGAUGAUCCAUGUACAGUGCGAAAAGUUCGAGAAUGAACGUGUAUGAUCGGUACGGUGUACGUAAUCGGCAGGUGCGACAAAUGUACCGGAAGACAAAUGCACUCUACCGAAUUCUUUGAAAAGCGAGAGCAAAAUUCACAGGAAGACAAACUGACGUUGCAGAACGUUUUGACGAUACUUUUUUCUUUCCCGCUCUCUCAUCUUGCAUUCUACUAACUUGUUCCUUCGCCGUAGCCGUCUUCACCAACUCCAGCGGAAAAGCUGUAGAGUAAACCGUCUCAUUCUUCCUUUGAAACCGCUCUGGCUCCAGCACAUUUCGCUGUAGACAACGGGCUUCCUUUCCUCCACUUACGAACGAUCUCGUCCUCGUCCAAAUGUGUCGCUGUAGGGCAGCCGCAGGCAUUGGUCCGGCUUUGCCCCUGACGUUUCGGGAACUGUGGUUUAUACAGCUUCAAUGUACAAAGUAUUUUCUGUGUCUUUUGAUUUAUUGAUGUUGAAAUUAUUGUCACCAACUUUAGACGGCUUCUCUUAUGUGCGACAAAAUGCUCAGUCACAACUCUCAUGCCUACGUGUUUUGUUUGCCUAUGGUUCUGGC